AUGGCCACCAACAGCGGCGUCACGAGCGGCAGGGAGCCGGGGCCGGCCGGGGCUGUCAAGAGAGAGGAGGAGGACGCCGCUGGCGGCGGUGCCGGGACCGCCGCCGCUCCGGCCGAGGCGAAUGGCGGCACCCACGCCGGCUCGCCGGCAAAGCAGUGCGCGCUGUGCCCGCUCGGCGAGGCGGCGGAGGAGGCACUGGGCCCUCUGCUGGAGUUCCGCUGCACCGCCAAGCAGCGCCCCCAGGGUGUGGCGGGCAGGGUGGUGCUGGUGCACAGCCUCUGUGCCCAGUGGGCUCCGCGGGCACACUACAGCGAAGAGGCCGCGGCACAGCACAGCCUGCUGAUGGUGCCGGAUGAGGUGCAGCGGGCCAGGAAGCUGCGGUGCAGGCUGUGCAGGAAGCCCGGGGCGGCCAUGGGCUGCGAGGAGCGCACCUGCCAGCAGACGUAUCACCUCCCAUGCGCCAUGGGCCAGGUGGGGUAG